AUGGCACUGUCCCCGAGCAGAAACAUACUCUGCCUGUUUGAUGUGGACGGCACGCUGACCCUCCCGAGAGAGAAAAUUGACCCACGGAUGGAUGAGUUCUUCCAGACCCUGCGGAGGAAAGUCAAAAUAGGCAUUGUGGGGGGUUCUGACUUACCCAAGAUCGCAGAGCAGCUGGGGGACGGUGAUGAUGUGAUCCAUAAGUUUGACUAUGUAUUUGCUGAGAAUGGGACAGUUCAGUACAAAGAUGGAAAACUCCUCUCCAAACAGGCCAUUCAGAACCAGAUUGGCGAGGAGCUGCUUCAAGACCUGAUAAAUUUUUGUCUCAGUUACAUGGGACUAAUCAAGCUGCCAAAGAAAAGGGGAACGUUUAUUGAAUUUAGGAAUGGAAUGCUGAACAUUUCUCCCAUUGGCCGCAGUUGUACACCUGAGGAGCGUCUGGAGUUCUCUGAAAUUGACAAGAGGGAAAAGAUCCGAGAGAAGUUUGUCUCUGCACUGAAGGAGGAGUUUGCUGGCAAAGGUCUGAGGUUCACCAGAGGUGGUCUCAUCAGCUUUGACAUUUUCCCAGAGGGCUGGGACAAGAGGCUGUGUCUGGAGGUUCUGGAAAGGGAAGGCCUGGAGGCCAUCUACUUCUUUGGCAACGAGACUUCAGAUGGAGGGAAUGACUACGAGAUCUUUAAUGACCCUCGCACUAUUGGUUUCACCGUGUUCUCCCCGGAGCACACAGUCCGGCUUUGUCGACAACUGUUCUGUGACACUCCUGGUGAAUCCUGA